ACAUAACUUUACUAUUUGUUUGUUGCGCAAUAGAAAAAAGUCAAUACAAUACAGUUGAAAAAUAAAAACAUUAAAAAUAUUACUGCGACCACAAUAAAAUCAUCGAGUGCUUGACAAAAUGUCUGAUUAUACGUUUAUGGAUAGAAUUAGGUCAUUCUUGGGAAUACGACCUGAGCCUCCAAGGAAUGACUUUCGCAACCCUAUAUGGGGGUCGGACGACGAUGAUGACGGUGAUGAACUUUACACCAGACAGCAACAAAUAGAUGUUUACAGCAAUCCGUUAGAAUUGCAUCGUGAAUUUGCCAAACAUAUGCAUGAUAUGUUUAGCAGUUUCGGCAGUAUAUUUGGAGAUAUGAAAGCCUUUUUGGGCCACGAUGAUCUUGAAUCUUUCGGAACUAUGACAGAUUUUCCAUCAUCAGAGAAUGAACCGGAGAAUUUCGAUAGCAAUCGCAUCAGAGAUUAUUAUUUAAAACCUGGUUAUCACGAUAAAUAUAACUAUCCCAAGGAAGACACCGAUCUAGAUGGUAAGAUAUCUUCAAACGAAAUAUCUGGCUUACUGCAACAGAAAGAAGAUGGACCAAUAGUGCCUCAUACUCCAUUUAGUGGUUCUCUUGUACCUGGGAGAUCAUUUUGCCAAACAAUAAUAACAACAAGUGUCACCAAACCCGAUGGCACUAUAGAAACUCGUAGAAUUGUUAAAAAGGGCAAUGAAGUAAUUGAAGAGACCACAACCUCGACGGAACCGGACUCUAGAAACCCUUACAAUCCUGGCUUGAAUCCUAUCGAGACUACUCAUUUGAUGCUGUCACAACUUUCAACAUUUCUGAGAAACUUUUACUGAUGUCAUUAUAUUCAUUAGCAAUCCUAAAAAUUUUAGCUUUUAAGACCAUAAUUUAUUACUCUAUGUGAUAGUUUAAAAUUGAAUAUUCUUUCUAAAGUCACUUGGACGCAGUCAUAUAUUAAAGACAUUGACAUAUUGCACCUACCACUUUGAUGUUGUAGUAACCAGUAGAAAAAUUAUAUAAAACUGAUAAAUUUAUAAAUCUAUUAGAAUGUUUCAACCACAAUAAGUAUUAAUUGUAAAUUUAAUAUAAAUAUUUUCAUCUUACUUUAAAGUACCAACAAUAUUUAUUAGUAUUUUUUAAUCCUAUUUAUGUACUAAAGUAAAAAUCUUGCUUUGGAAUACUAUAACAUAUGAUAAAUACUAUAAAAUAUGUCUUAAAAGAUUUUUUUAUCAUAGUUGGCUGACUACAAUAACUUCAUAAUUCCAUUACUUUAAUUAUUGCCAUUGUAGAAAUAAAAUAGUGUCAAAUUAA